GUUGGUGCGCAUGCCCCCGCCGGUCCCUUGAGCAGCCGCUCUAGGCAGCGGGGAGGUCGCGCGGGGUCGAGAGCUUAAAGCGGUCUCUCCUCUAUGGUUGCGGGAGCCGAUCCUGGUCGGCCCGUAGGCCUAGGUUAUUUCCGGAAGUGAAGUCUGCCGCUUGUCCUCUGCUUCCGCGGGGUCCUGGCGGGUAGCGGUGGCCGAGUGGGUCACAGGACUAGUGGCGAGCACAUGCCAACCAGAUCUCUAACUGCUCCUGUGGCAGCCCUCGUGCCAGCGUCCUGGAACCUGGAGUCAUCAAUUUACACUGAAGUCCAAGUCUCCUAGAGUCCAGCCUAUCUAGUGUGCAGGUGAAUUUUGAGGCUAGUAUCUCAGUGACCAUCAAAGGACUAUUAGGAUUGUCUUGGUGAACUUGUGGCUAGCCCAACCUUCCAUGCUUCAUAUCCCAGUCAUCCUUGGUCACCGUCCAGGAUCCGUGAACAGAAGAGAUGAGAUGUGGUCUAACAGAUCAUAUGAUGAAGUACCUCAGAAUGCCUCUAGUGAUGAAUCUGCCCUGAGGAAAACAAGAGAUGAUCUUUCUGCAAGCCGACAGCAUGAGUGUGGGGUUGAGAAAGAUGACUCUAGAAGAAAAUGUUCCUCCUCUUCCCAUUAUUCAAAACAACAAUCUCCCCAUAAAGGGGCUUCUUGUUUUUCCAGAAAAUCAGGUAUAGAUAGAAAGACCUCCCCACAUAGCAGAUCUGGAUCCAGUGAAAGGCACUCUUCAAAACAAAGCAAACUGCAUUCUUCCCAUGGGUCAGAGCUUAGGAAGUCCAGGCAUGCUCAUUCCUCCUACAAACGGCGCAGUGAAGGAAGUAAAAAGAGGCCUGGCCAGUCUUUGAAAACAUCAAGAGACACACACCCAAAAAGUUCUUCAGCUGUUCCUUCAUCAGAAAUGUUAAACAAACUCAAAAGGUUUGAUGAAAAGGGACUUCCUAAAGCUGCAAAUAGGCACACUGUAGAAAAACCAGAGAUGGCAGAUGAAAGUGACUUACCUAAAAUUUCUGAGUUUGAAGUUGGAUUCCCAGUACUUAUGGAUCAGUCACAAGAACCUGAGUCAAACAAAAAAGAUGACACAGAAUUCAUCAAUGAACAAGUAGCCAAUCGCCAUAAAGCAAUAGUGUCAAAAACCAAGGAAAUUGAACAAGCCUACUGCCAGGACUGUGAGACCUUUGGAAUGGUGGUGAAAAUGCUGGUUGACAAAGACCCUUCAUUGGAAAGGCCCAUUCAGUUUGCCCUUAGGCAGAAUCUACAUGAAAUAAGUGAGCGCUGUGUGAAAGAGCUCCGGCAGUUCAUUGAAGAGUAUGAUGCUGCUGCUUCCUAAGAACUGGUGCUCUAGCAGAAAAUAUUUCUUGAUUGUCAUUCCAGAAUUGCAUAAAUACUUCACGUAUGGAAUUUUUGUUCUGAAAUACUUCAGUGUCUAGUAAACAUCUGAAACGGUCAGCUUAAAAUAAUCUUCAGAAAUGUUUCUACCUACGGAACCUCGUGAUUCACACACUCACCAGUGAUCAGUUUGUGUUUUAGCCUGCUGGGGAGGCUAACUUACUCAUGUUCUAUAGUCUUCCAAGUAGUUAAUGUAUGGCCCAAGUGUUCUUUAUGGUUAGCAAUUGAACUUCAUAGUAAAUGGUAGCAUGUAAAAAUAUUAGGAUUUGAGUUGUGAUUUUUAUUGACUUUUGGCUUGUUUUCUUGGGCUUUGUUGCUUUUAUUAAAAUUAUCCUACAUUAAAGUAUGUUUUCUUAAUAAA